AUGUCUGCUUCUUGGCUUGAAUCUAUCCAGGGCAAGUCCUUUGAGAAUGUCACUGUCGAUGCCAAUGGCAACAUCAACACAGAGGAGUUCAUCCGAGCUGCCAAAUCCCUGGUCACUCUGUUUGAGCGCAUUGGUGGCCUUGCAUUGAACAGUGUCAAGGAUGACAUGACCAACAACAUUGCUAAAGUCGAGAAGCGCUUCAACGAGGCUCCCGCCGAGUCCCAGACCUUGCAAGACCUUGUCAAGAACGACAAGUCCAAGAAGGCCGCCCAGGGUCUUUUCUGGCUCAAGCUUGCCCUUGACCUCACCGCCACCGCCAUCCGCCGCAACCUUGAUGACCCUGCCGAGGAGCUCAACACCUCCUUCACCUCUGCCUAUAAUGACGUCCUCAAGCCCCACCACGGCUUCCUCGCUAAGAAGGCAUUUGGCCUUGCCAUGAACUCCGUACCAUACCGCAAAGACUUCUAUGGCAAGAUCGGUGUCGCUCCCUACGAGCUCAGUGCCGAGCAAGAGCAGUUCAGCGCGGAGCAGCUCAAGGGUGUCAAGGACCAACUCAACAGCCCCUUGUCUCCUGAGAUUGCAGCUCUGAAGAGCGUUGUCACUAUUCUGAACAACUUCGACGACCUCACCAAGUGCAAAUGA